AUGGGCAGCGCUCUUUCCGAAGCGGAAGUGGACCUCCCAGCCCUGCCGCAGCAGCAAAUUAUCCGUGUCACCGAUGGACAGGCCACAGCUGCGAGCUCGCAGGAGUCUGGGCAAAGCGACCUUCCUGCUUCUUUGGGAACAACCAAGCAGGCAGUUGCAGUUCGGCCUUCCCUGAUGCUGAAGGGCAUCACUAUGGAGAACGGCGGUGUGACGCUCUCCCUUCAUGCCGCGGGGCCCGGCUUUGCCGAGCUGCGCCUGGGCGCGGAAGUCGCCGCCGGGGCCGCCGGGGCCUGGCCCAGCCUGAACGGGGGCAGCGCCUUCCGACAACAGGUUGCUGCCGGUUCCAGCCAGCUCCGCUUCCAGAACUGCCGGCCCGUCCGAAGAGAGCGGACGUGGCCACUGGUGGCAGUGCUUCGGCCGGGCGCAUGUUCUGGAUCUGCAGUGCUGGAUCCUCCAGAUGGCACGGUAAUGGUCUUUUGCAGCUUGUCGCUGGACAAGGGCCUCGGCAUUGAGAAGCAGGUCAUCGCCUGGGGAGGCGGCGGAGCAGCCUUUGAAGUUAAGGACUUGUUCGGCAUCCAGGAAGUGCAUCGGCCUCAUGGCUCUGGAGACGAGCAAUCGAACAAGAACUGCGUUGUCUGCCUGACGGAGGCCAGGAACACCGCUCUGCUUCCUUGCAGCCAUUUCUGCGUUUGCCAUCAAUGCGCCUUGACCCUGCGAAUGACACCCGGCCGCAACCGCUGCCCGCUUUGCCGACAGGAGGUCCGUGACCUGCUCCGUCUGGACCUGGCAGACGAAGCGCCGGAGGAGGUCAAGGAUGCCGCCAACGAGACGGAGCCACCGAAGGCGGGGCAGGGCAGAGGUUGCAGCAAGGACUUCCAGGCCUACAGGCUGAACGGAGUCGUAAAGACUGCUCUGAGCAAAGAUCAGUCGGAGCCUGAUGCAGCGCUUUCACAGGCCAGCGAAGGGUACAAGGGACAGGCGAGUCCACCAACUCCAGGCUCCGCUGGGCAAGGGUCCGCAAGUAACGCCAAAUCUGCGGUGAGGAAGAGCUGCUGCGAGAGCAUGGGCACCGUGGCUGAAUGCAACAGGGCCAUGGACUUCAAGAUGCUGGAGCUGUCUCUUUGUGAUCCAGAUGGGGGCGACCUGCGGAUCUGGUCCCUGCGCCUGCUAACGCAAGGUGUUGACGUUGGAAGCGAGUUCGGACGUCAGCUACGGCGCUGGAACAUCGAUGCGGUGGAGUUGGAGAUCUGGAUUCCGGAUGCUUUCCCGACCUCACCGCCGAAAGUACGGGUCCUGAAGCCUUACUUCGACUCAGGAAGCUUUCGUGUUCAUUCCUAUGGGGCCCUCUGCAUGGAGGUGCUGUCGAGCCAGGGUUGGUCGCCUGGGCUGACGUUGGCCCAGCUCGGCGUUCAGAUCAAGGACAUCAUGCUGCAAGGCUCGGGCCGCAUCAGUGGAACAGGGACCAUGGCCGACCCUGGCGCUGCAGGCCGCCAGCGUGCGAUGGACAUAGCCGACCGGAUCGAGGUGGAGCUCUUCUCCUUCCUUAGCGACAAGGAUCUCUUCGCGGAGAUCUACAGGAACCAGCUUUCGAAGCGGCUGCUCUACGAGACCUCUGCCUCGGAGGAUGCGGAAAAGAGCAUGAUUGCUAAACUCAAGAUGAAGUGCGGUGCACAGUUCACAUCCAAGCUUGAAGGCAUGCUGACGGACUUGUCUCUAGCUUUGGACACUCAGAAGGAUUUCAAGGACCACUGUGAGCAGCUUCCCGAGGGCAAGGCUGCCCUUGGUGGCAUUGAGUUCAACGUCACAGUGCUGACCACAGGCUUUUGGCCAUCUUACCAGGUGCAGGAGGCCAGCCUUUGCCCAGAAAUGCAGAAGGCUAUCAAUGUCUUCAGCAACUACUACAACGGGAAGACACAGCAUCGGCGGUUGCAGUGGAUCCAUUCUCUGGGUCAGGCCACGAUUGCAGCCAAGUUGAACGGUCGGAGGCACGACCUGAUCGUCAACUCGUAUCAGGCGCUUAUCCUGCUGCUUUUCACCAGGGACGAGAGCCACAACCUUUCCUUCAUCCAGAAUUCGACGGGUUUGGAGCCAAGCAUGUGCAAGAAGCUUUUGGCCACCUUGUCGAUUGCCAAGUUCAAGAUUUUAAGUAAGACUGGCGACGGCAAGACGAUCGAGGAUGAUGCCAGCUUUACCCCCAACGACUCUUUCCAGUGUCCGCACAGAAAGAUCAAGGUACCUCCUCCAGUGACCGAAGAGACUCACAAUAAGGAGCGCGUCGAGGAGGAUCGUUCUAUUGCCAUCGAGGCGGCCAUUGUACGCAUAAUGAAGAUGAGGAAGACGCUGAACCACCAGCAGCUGGUGACAGAGGUGCUUACGCAGCUUGCCUUCUUCAAGCCAAACCCAAAGCUUGUCAAGCAGCGCAUCGAGCAUCUCAUUGAGCGUGAGUACCUGGAGAGAGACAAGAACCAGGCAUCCAUCUACCGUCAUGAGCCCAUGGACUCCUGGGAAGAAGAGGUAGCGUUUUCUCCUGCUGGCGGCCACGCCGCUUUCAAGGUGAAGAUAUGCGAAUUGCCCAUGGCGGAUGGGGUCCAUGCCUCUACCGGCUGCCAGCUGUGGUCGUCCAGCAUCGUGCUGGCGCGGGAGCUCAUGGGGAGGCCUCAGAUUGUCGAGAAGAGGAGAGUGCUGGAGGUUGGAGCAGGCUGCGGCCUGCUUGGUCUCGCUGUUUCGCGAUUGGCCAGGCAAACGCUCAUCACCGAUGGGGAUGAGGAGGUCGUGCGCAACUUGGCCCGCAACAUCGACUUGAACAGAUCCCUUUGGUCCGAUGACUCCAGCUUGGGCGAUGUCACUUCACGAGUCCUGCGAUGGGAGGAACUGUUGGACGAUCCGUGGCCAUGCGAGGACCAUGUGGAGGUGAUCGUGGCCUCCGACAUCAUCUACGGGAACUGGGGCGACACCGUCGGCGAGGCUCUGUGCCGCGUGCUGGAGCCUGAUGGCGUUAUCAUUCUUGCAGCAUCCGAGGAUCGGCGGGGUGGUAUGCGCUGCUUCCAGGACCACAUGAAGACAAAGGGCUUUGGAGUGCUGGAAUCGAAGCUGAG